CGGGCUUUGGUUUCGUGGCGAGUAGAUUUUUAGUUUCACGCCACGAACAUUGGGUCGCUCUUCUAGAAAUGGACUUUUACGCACGAGAAUAACAACGCGAGGACAUUGACUUUUACGCACAGCUGUGAUUUGGUGGCGAGGAAGGUGGACUUUCACGCACAGCUCUUUGCUUCAGUGGCGAGGAGGACUUUUACGCACACAUCCUCUCGUUCCUCCUCGCGCGCCACCACACCAUCCCGGCGAUCGCUCAGGAUGCGAGCUGCGUGGGGAGCCCAUUGAUGAACCUCGCUCUUCCAAGAAAACCCCAAACUAAUUCAAAAUGGAGAACUCGACCAACCAGACUCUGGGCGUGUGGACGGAUUCGAGCGUGGCGUACAAAGUGAUCAGCACGGCGUUGCUGCUGCUGAUCUGCUUGGCAGGCGUGGUGGGCAACGUGAUGGUGGUGCUGGUGGUGCUGACCACCAAGCACAUGCGCACGCCCACCAACUGCUACCUGGUGAGCCUGGCCGCCGCCGACCUGAUAGUGCUGACGGCAGCCGGCUUGCCCACGGCGGCCGAGGGAGCUUUGGGUUCUUGGGUGUUGGGUCAUUGGGGGUGUCUGUGCAUCACAUACCUGCAGUACCUGGGCAUCAACGCCUCAUCGUGCUCGAUUGCCGCCUUCACCGUCGAGAGGUACAUCGCCAUCUGCCAUCCCAUCAGGGCGCAGUUCCUGUGCACGCUGUCCCGCGCCAAAAAGAUCAUCCUUCUGGUUUGGACGCUGACGUCCGCCUACUGCGUCAUGUGGUUCUACCUGGCCAACCUGCAGGUGUUGGUUUACGAUAACGCCAAGGUGACUGCGUGCGGCUACCGGGUGUCCAGGAAGCUUUACCUGCCCGUGUACUUCUUCGACUUCGGGGUGUUCUUCGUGGUGCCACUGCUGCUGAGCGCGGUGCUGUAUGGGCUGAUCGGACGCAUCCUUUUCCUCAAUCCGCUUCCCUCUGACCCCAAGGAGCAGCAGCAGCUGCAGCGACACAACAACCACGACAUGGGCAAGAGGAGCUACAGGAGCUCCAGCUCCACCGCAGCAUCGCGGAGACAGGUGACCAAGAUGCUAGCAGUGGUGGUGAUCCUGUUCGCCGUGCUGUGGAUGCCGUACCGCACCCUGGUGGUGGUCAACUCCUUCCUGGACCGUCCAUACCUGAACAGCUGGUUCCUGCUCUUCUGCCGAGUGUGCGUCUAUCUGAACAGCGCCAUCAACCCGCUCAUCUACAACGCCAUGUCGCAAAAGUUCCGCGCAGCCUUCCUCAAGAUCUGCCGAUGCGGCCGCAAGGCUUCCGACAAGCCGGUGGGCUCUUACGGCGCGGCACUGAGCUACAGCGCCGUCAAGGACUCGUCAGUAGCAGAGUGCACAGACCGCUUUCCCACCGACGUGGAGGAGGUCACCAUCACCGACGGGCUACUGGUAGAGCACAAGGGCAUCUUCGGCGGAUCCUCCUCGUCUCCUUCCUAUGAGAAAGCGGACUUCAAGAUGGCGGCUUGAGCGUCUUCACAGAACCCAACCUUUCUUGAGCCGCGGCACAUAUAUUCCAAAAAUGUCGGUUAAUGUCGAGCGUGUUGCUACAGAGUCGUCUAUGUAACAUGGGUUCAUCAUUGUGGUCAUGCUACUUGUAUGGCUUGAUGAUGCUUUGCUGAUUAUUCUGUGUUGUGGCAGACCACGGUAAAUAACGCAAGAUAGUACUUUUGAGGACUCGGGUGUGUUUGUGUUGAUCAAUUUACCUACCAAACAGUCAUAUAUGUAACAUGGUCCUAUGAUUAUGGUCAUGCUAGAUGCAUGGUGUGGAUACUUUGCCGAUUAUUGGUCUGUGUCCCAGGUCAGAGUAAAUAAAUCCAGCCAUGACGGUUUUGGGGCAGGGUUAGGGUGUCAAACAAGGGGGAUCAUUUGAAAAUGCUAAGUUAGGGUUUCAAAUUAGGGUUCAAGCCCGGGGUUAGGGAUUCCAAAGUGUUUUACAGCAAGGGCUGGUGUUUUGAAUUACGGUUUCAAGCCUGUGUUGGGGGUUCAAGUUAGGGUUUCAAAUGAGGUCUUUCAGCCUGGUUUAGGAAUUUGAAAUUUACAACAGAGGUCAGGUGUCUGAAUUUGGAUUUCAAACUUGGUUUUGGGUUUCAAAGUUGGGUUCCCAGCCAGGGCUUAAGAUUUUUAAAUGCGUUUUCAAGCAAGGGUUAAGGUUUGGCUUGGCUGGAAAAUUCUUCAGACAAAAUCUAAAGGAAGAAUCCUUCAAUUUACAUCAUGACUUCACAUUGUACAUAGCAAGAUGACAAACAUGAUGAUGGCCCAAAGGAAAUCAUGUAAAAAAAAUGGUUUGCAGCUAAAACUAGUCAUUUUAUAAUUAUAAACUACCAAGAAAAGGGUCAUCAUGAUUUCCAUUGUACAGGAAGGACUUUUGUUCAAUGUGCAAUUGUUAUUGUGACUUUCUUCUGGCGUCUGAUUGGCUGAGAGGACCAUACACUUGCCCAACUUACCUGUUGUUUUGGGAAAAAACUCUUUCAGCGCACAUUUGCUUUCUCCACCAUCACGGACGCGAGGCCGAAUUAAGAAGACUGCCUGCGGUCUCCCGGCAACCGCCUCCCUUGAUUGACGAGAUCCCAAUGAGGACGAUGUAAAUUGAAGCAGUCAUGCAUUUCGAAAAACUCUCGUUUCAUGUCAUAUGUUCGUGUGUGUGCUUUGGGUGGCAACUUUUUUUUUUCUUCCCUAGACCGAAAAAAA